AUGAGGCCCCCAGUGGGGCCCAUGGCAGCGGAGGCUCCGAAGGACGUUUUGUUCCGUCGCCUUGCAGUUGCACCCGACUAUUCGGCCGAGCACAAGGGAGACAUUCUUGCAACAUGGAGCAACUGCUCCGUCCCGCUGCUUGCCACAAGCAUCGAAAAGGGCGAUAAUGUUCUCUCCGUACAUUUGGAUCGUUCGCUCCCGUGGGUAAAACUCCCAUUUCCCGCCAUCGAUGUGGCCUGGUGCCCAUUCAAGGAGGGAGAUAGUUAUGCUUCAUUCCUGACAGCAUGCCGCAGUUGCCCACUGCAAUUGUGGGACACGGACGACGCAUCGCUUCGUGCGUCGUAUGUCUGUCAUAACGCGCUUGGAAAGCCGGAAGGCCCCCAUUCCUUAUUGUGGUCCCGCUGUCGCACCUUUGUUGUGGGCGGAUACGGCGGCGCAGACGAUCAUGUGCAUGUGCGUCUCUACGACGUACUCCGGGAAGGGAGCACAACUCAGGCGUCGUAUCAAUCUCGAUGCUCAAAGGGUAUUGUUUCGGCUCUUGCAGACGGACCAGCACCCUAUGAAGAAUCACUGCUACUGGCAGGAUUUAUACGAUCUGGCAAUGUUGAUGUUAUAGACACACGCCAUUUAGGUGCAGCAGCCGUACUGCGUGGGUUGCGGUCGGGUGCCGCGCAGAUCCAAGCGCAUCCAACGUCAGAGUACCUUGUGUACGCUGCAGGCCGACUGGGUGAUAAUCGAAUUGUAUGCUGGGACCUUCGGAAAAGCAACCAGAUCCUACUCUCCGUUGAGCGGAAGCUGUGCACGCAACAGCCUGCUUUUUUUGGCUUCUUGCGAUCCCAAGAAGCAGGAAAGCAGCGAGGGCGCCUGGUGUCUGCUACGCAUGACGGCGGUAUUUUGGUCUUUGAUGUAGACAACGCUGCAGCUCCACCACGACGAAUGCAUGCGUCUCUGGGGCCCACCGCAGGAUUGGCAGUGCUUGAAGAUGAAGGCACGGUCGUUGUCACGGUGGGGAAACGUCAAUAUCCUAUCCGAGACACGUAUGAGGCGAAUGGAGGCGAGUCGAAGAUGUGUAAGAGGCGUGGUAAGCGGGAACGCGUCUCAUUUGAUGAUUCAGAGUCGGAGACUGAAAGCGAACCGUGCGGCGAGGAAUGUGCCACCGGUGUCGCCGUGCUGAGGGUGUAA